AAGAAGAAACGGCUUCAGCAGGCUCUUGCAGCGGCCGUCGCAGAUCACACUCUCCUCUUGUUUGCACUCAUGGCCUGAGACCUGCUCUCUUCUCUGUAGAGUUCGCCUUGCUUCGCAGAUGGGCCAUCCGCGCGCGCAUGCACAGCUGCCUGCGCUGUUCGCGGCGGCGCCGUGACAGCGGUGCUCCAGAGGAUCUUUCGAAAUUUGCCGAGAAAUUCUCUAUCUUCAGGAGCCUCAGUCGACAAAGAAAAAGUCUCCUUCAUUUCCAACUGCAGCGGAGGCAACGGAUCGGCGCUCUCGUGAGCACAGAGAGGCAGGUCCGACAGGCCAUGCAGACUCUUGAAUAUCGAAACGCAGACAGAGAGCCUGCAAGGCGUUUCGAAAGGUCUUGGUGCAGCGGCAGGUUCUGCAAAGACCGCGGAGAAAAAAAAGAGCCGUCUUUGCUCAGGGAGAACGAACAGAGGAGAGCAACUUGAGAACCGAGGCAGGUCAAGAAGGCCGCAGCGAAUAGGAGGUUUGAGACCCAAGGAGAAACGAGAGCCGAGAGCAAAUGGAAUGCAAAGCGAGCAAAGGGGGAUAUGAGCCCCCCCAAUUCAGGAGACAGAAAGUCUCUGGACGUCGCGCAUGCGUCGCUGACGAAGCUGGCGAGGAAGCAGACAGAGACUGUCUCCAACCUCCGAAAAAUUACGAGGGAGAGGGAACCUCUGUGCAAGAGAGAAGUCUUCCGAAAAAGCAGUUUCUCAUAUCUCUCCUCCAAGAAUGUUCCAUCUUUGUUCUUUCGUCCCCGGAGGCAAGGAAAACGCAGACUCAACCAGAGCGCUCUUUUCAAUUCCGCCUCUUUGUCCUCUCUGUCCUCCGUUGUCUUUCUCGUUCUCUUCUGUCUCCCUCGCCUCUUCGAGGCGUUGCCUCUCCCUCGAAGGCCUCGAAAAACGCUGUUCCACAGAGCUUCAUCCGAGCGCAAACUUCGGCUCUCUGGACAAUGAUUUCCUCUCUGUCGGUUCUUCUUCGAGUUCUUUCUCUCUCCUCGCUGCUCGUGUCUCCUGUCUGGCCUUUGCUUUCCCCGUCCGUUCCUCGUCCUGUCGAACCUCGCGAAAUAUGCAGCGCCUCGCUACGCGUCGCGUUUCCUGUCUCUGCGGUCGUUCAGGGCAAACAUUUCUCACUCCAGUUUCCUUCUUUUCUGUCCUCUGGGUCAACAAGGCUUUCACCGCUGUCGGAUUUCUCUGCCUCGUUGUCGCUUCAGUUUUCUGAUUCGUCUCUCUCUCCACUGGUUUCUCCACCGGUUUCUCUCGCGUUUUCUCCGGCAGCUUCUGGAGUUCCCGGUCUUCCAUCUUCUUCGUCUUCCUCUCCCUCCCCCUCUUCAUCUUCCUCGUUUCCACCUGGUUCUUCUUUGUCGUCUCGUUCUUCUUCCCCCUCGUCUCCUCGUUCCCCUCGUUCUCGUUCUUCGCCUUCUCUUUGUGCUUCCUGUUCUUUUGCGUCUGUUUCCGUCUUGUUUCCUCCUCUCUAUCCUUUUCCCUCCGUCUUCCAGUCGACCUCGAGAGACGCGGCUGCUCGAGUUUCUGCGCUGCAUGCGUCUUGGUCUCGUUCCUCGCAUCUCCCUGCUCUGGAGUCUCGGCGGCGUCUCCUCUCCAUUCGGCCAUCGCAGCUUCGCCGGCACCUUCGACCCGAGGCGCUUCACAGCAACUCCUUUCUCGCGGCCGAGGCCUCUCGGCGGACAAGCCGCGGCGAUCCCGGAUUUGACGGCAGCGAUCACGGAGAAGAGGAGAGUGAAGAUGAAGGAGAGGAGACAUGGAGAGGAGUUGGAGCAUUCGCAGAUGCGCUGGGCAUUCCGCGGAAUCGGUUUGUUCACUUUGCGUCUCCCUUCACACCCGCGGCCGGCGAGGCCCUCACGCAGGAGCUUCUCGGCCUCCAGACAGACGGCUCCAGUGCGCCGGUCUGUGUCUGCAUAAACUCGUCCGGCAGCGAGUCUCUCUUUGACGGUAGCCUCGUCUCCCCAUUCGACACCGAGUGGCGCCCUGCCAUCGCCCUAUUGAGAGGUCGCUUUCUCUCCUUCGCCUCUUCUCCUCCAGACCGCCGCCCGUCUUCAUCUGCUUCUCCUUCGUCUCCUGAUUCUUCUCCGUCUCCGUCUUCUCGUUGUUCAGCUGCUGCUUCUUCUCCGCCUUCUUCGCUGUCUGCUUCGACUGCUGCGGCCGCGUCUCCGCGUUCGUCUUUGCCUUCUUCUUGGCCUUACGACUCCUCGCGUGGAUCUGCGAGUCUUUCUCCGCUUGCCGCUUCGCCGGCGCCACUGUGCGCGACAGUCGCUGUGGGCCGCGCCUGGGGCUCUGCAGCUCUGCUCCUCGCUUGCGGAACUCCCGGCGCGCGCGCGGCGACGAGGAACGCGAGCAUUGCUCUCCGCGUUCCCCGGACUUCCCUGGGUCAUGGAAAAGCAAAAGACCUACGGCUUCGCGCCCAGACGGUCUUGGCAGGUCAGCGCAUGCAGGCGGAGCUUCUCGCGGCUGUCCUUCGAGAGGCGAGAAAACCGACGACGGAAAGAGAACUCGGCGGUCGAGCAGCAGCAGUUCAGCGCCUCCUCGCGACAGAGACGGAUACCGACACUGCAGAGCCAGAGUCAGUGACUCCAGGGAACCGACAGUGCAGGAUGAGUGGAGAUCCAGAGGUGACGACGACGACCGCUGCCGAGCUUCUGCGCCUCAUGCAGAAAGGCGUCUUUCUGACUCCAGAGGAAGCCAAGGCACUGGGGAUCAUCGACUACAUUCUCUAGGCAACGAACGGCGGAAGCCUGCGGAGGGAUGCAUCGCAUGCACCAGGCCCUGAGAACGUCUUCAUCCGCGUCAUCACCGUCGUAGCAGCGCGACUCGGCUGUUUCUUCGGCUCCGUCUUCCUUGUUUCAUCGCUUCUGCAUCGUCUCGCGGUUCUUCGUCCCCCUGGCCGUUGUCAGAUCAGCGGUCGCCUAGUCUGACCUCGAAGCGGGAGCACUCGAGACUCUCCUUCGUUUGCUCCGAUCUUCGCUUGCCGCUCUCGCGUCUCUCCCCAGCUGCCUCCUCGGCCAUUCGAAAAACUGGACGACCUCCGGCUUUUGAGACGACGCCGGCCUCGAGCGCGACCUCCGUGGAGAGCGUUCGUUCAUGUCGCUGGGAGGCUUGUGUCGUUAGCAGCUGGAGGGGUGAGAGAGGUCCUUGGCUUCACAGAAAUCGACUUUUCUCCAAAGUCAACGCGUAGUCACGAGCUGCGGCGCCCGGCCUUCAGGCUCGUGAGAUCUCGCCUCCUGGCGUCCACGCUUCCUAAACAGGCCGGCGGAGCUUGCCAAGACGCAGCGUCCUUGCCAAGACGAAACUGGACGGAACCGCAACAGAGAGAGCUGCGUGAAGCCGGUGAAAUGCCACCGGUGCGGUGCGCGCCAAAACGGGGAAACUUCAGACCCAAAAAAAAAAUUCAAAAAGACAUCACCCAACCCAGGCGUGGACAGCAGGACAGAAGCACAAGAAUUGAACAUACAAUCAUUUCCUGGGUCAUAGCCAGAUACAGACACACGCAGAGAGACAAGAAGUAGAAACAGGUCGACCAACAAUGCUACCGGCAUAGACAGGCGC